AUGUCCCAGUUACAUUCUUGGCUACAUUCCCGCUUGCAGAAUCAGGCUAACAGUUACUGGAGUCUAUGUUAUAGAGCCUCAAGCCAUGGGUGGAGUGGAUCGACAUUUCACCGCCACUGUGAUAACCGUGGACCCACAGUUACAAUCAUUCGCGCUCAUGGUUACAUAUUUGGCGGUUACACUGAUCAGUCGUGGAGACGUAAGUUCGUUAACUGCCACCGUUUUUGCAAAAAAAACAAACAAUAAAAACAAAAAACAAUCGACAAUCAAGUCUUCCUUUCAUAUUUGAAAAUUACAAAAAGUUGAAAAUACUUAGUUUGUGGAAUGAACUUUCAUUCAAAACCAUAUUUACGCUUGGUUCACGCUGUCAGUCAUUAAUUACACGAGGUAGCUUAAGUACAGGUUAUCCACAUCGAGUGCCGAUUGGUAGUUGAAACAGGUGAUGACGUUUGACAAAUUCAAACUUUUACAAGAAUAUGAUUCAAAAGUCAUUGAACUUGAAAAGAGUCCUUCUGUAGUUUGCUCUUGUGUUAAAAAUUUGCCAGAGUGUUAAAAGAUUUGCAUCCGUGUUACAUAAAAACUGCACUGUUUUCUAACCAAAAGAACUGAAUAAUUUUUUCAUGUAAACUACUCUCGUCCAGAGGCAAUUGUUCUGUCGAUCAGCUCAAUAGGGUAGGGGUCCAAGCCUUGUCAAAAGGUGGAUGCCACUGCCCUAAGUACAACAUAUUUGAUGUCAUUAAGUCCCCUUAGUCUCAUAUUUAGUCUCUGUCUCAUUGCAUGAUGUCUGCUUUUUAUUUAUUUUUUUUUGUGUUAAACCCAAAUUAUCAAGUUACAUAUUUUCAUUUGUAUUAGAGGAUAAUUCUUAUCUACCUUAUGUGCUUUUUUUCAGGGUACGGAGGCUACAUUUCUUCAUCAAAAGCCUUCAUAUUUUCUCUCAAAAACUAUCAAGGAUCUGGAUAUUUUAAAAGGGACAUUACCAGUAGUUAUUACGCUAUGUACAGCUAUUACUAUUAUGGUCCGAUCUUCGGUUCGGGACAUGAUAUUUAUGUUUCAAGCUAUGCAAAUAGAAACUACAAUUCUCGAUUUACUUGUAGCUCGUACUACGUUCCAAACUGCAACAAUUAUGUGUGGACAGGAAGCAACAAUUUCAGCCCCGACGAGAUAGAAGUUUACCGCGAAUUGACCAGUUAG